AUGUCAGUCCGCUCACCCCCACUUUUUGCAGGUCAAAUGGAAGGGAUGUCAUCUCGACACACCUCGCCACUUCCAGAUCGAAGAUGGCUCAUACCUAUUGAAGAUGUGGAAGAUGCAACGAGACGGAUCACCGCCCUGGACCAGCUUUGGCAAGGUUAUCAACCACCUACACUCCCCAAGCUCCCUUCCAAAGCUCCCUCAUCCCUUCGAAUCACACUACAAAAUGCAAGGCAACAUAGACUAUGUGGUCGUACCCACCACGCCGCAGUGACAUUCUACCACGCAAUCGCUCUGACCAACUCAAACGACAUCAACGUCCGACUCGAGCUAGUCGAUACCCUUUUCGAACUUCAACUUCACUCUCAAGCCCUUGACGAGGCUCGCCAUGCUCUCUCCACCAAUGGACAGCUUUUACAAGGAAAGCCAAUAGACCUUCGCACGAAACUCACCAGGAUGGCUCUUGGCAUGCUUGUCAUCUAUCUUGACGCCAUGGUUCACGCUCGUUUUCGGGACAUCUACCCAAGGAUUCGAUUAUUGCUCGAGGAGCGAGCAAAGGAGACGGUGGAGAAUGAAAGGGUCACAGCUAAAAAUACGGAGGAUUGGUAUUACAUCACCUUGUCCCAGGUCAUUUUCGCUAAGACUUAUUUGCAAACGAUCCGACUAGCAGAGACACAAUACGAACAGAAUGACCCUCCCCCGAUACUAAACCACCAUCUCCUGAACAACCUCCUCAUGUCGAAGAAAAAUUUGGAAGAGAGACCAUGGGCCUUACACAGCUCUCUUCUUGCGUUGUCGAUCGCACAAGGUCUUAUAUUCUUCCAUCACCAAAUAGGCAGAGAAUAUACUUUCGAAAGCCCCGACAUCCCGCCGUACCUUCCAUCUCUAGCUCUUUUACGCUCUUUCGACGGUUCCUCUGCAUUUGACGACGUGAAUGCUACUAUUCCAAACUUCGACUUGCUUAGUCGUACUUUGGCGGAACACCGUCUCCCCAUACCAUCAGGACACGCAAACUUCAUUGGUACUUUGUUACAAGCAAGAAAAGAUCUCGAGGACGAUAAAUCAAUAAGCACCCUGCCGACCCUCAUCGCUCAUUUGCAGGAUAUGACAUCUCUAGGAUUACCGGGAUCCACCGACAUGGCCCAAGCUGCCAUUCAAAACCUGGUUCGAAUAGAAGGACAUCCGGGCGUAGCACACAUGGACCGACUUGUGGAAGCUCCUCGUAAUCUUUGUCGAACGGUCCAACGUCUUUCGGGUGCUCUUCUUCUACACGUUCAACUCGAAUUAUCAACCAUGGUCGACCUAAGUGACCGCGGUCUAUUUCAUGGUGAACAAGUGAAAGUAGCCGAGGAUCUCUUUCAAACCAUUCAAACAGCAGAGUGUAAUAAGUAUAAAUCCAGUGUCGCAUAUCACAUCGCCAGAGCGUAUUUACGAAUGGGCGAUACUCCGAAAAUCUCCAGAUCGUCUACAAACCUGUCCAAGGCGUUCGGAUGGAUCAAACUUUCUUUCCGACUGUCACCCCUUGACACGUCGGAAAAAGCUCAAGCUGCAAAGCUGUUUAUCAAAAUCAUAUCUGUUGUCGACCCUCCGGCGGAGGAGAUGCAGAUCGUCCUCGAUGAUUUCCUACCUUAUGUCAGAGAUCGAGUCGAGGAAUCCAUGUUCAUUGUUGAUGUGUUCAACAUCAUGAUGAAGCUCUGUGAUUAUCUUCGACCUCAUGCGGUUUCAAAACGUCCUCUGGCUCUCGAACAAAUGGAGCAGAUCUUGCAAAUUAUGAAAUCUUGCCUUCAGCAUUCUUCUCAUCUUUCUUCCGAAGUGAAAGAACUUAUGGAGUUUGAGUAUGAACGAAAUGGUCUUUGGGCGAGUCUAUGCGUCACACUCACAUCAGAAAAUCUCGAGUCUCAUCUAGCAGCAUUACGAGAAUUAGAAGAUUUAACCUCAGGUUCAAGUCAGAACGAAGAAGGGAAGAAAUCUUUCUGGAGCGAUAUCACCCUUUUUCAAGAUUAUUUCGAUCUCGGACAACUCUACUCUCAACAUCGGGAAGAAAUCUCGCUUAUUCGUCCAAUAUUGCCAACUGACCAGACGACUUCUCAACACAAACACCCGGGUUUAUCCACUCGAUCAAGCUCGAAAGACGGUUAUCCCAGAAGAUCCAGUCAAUCUUCUCAACAAUUACCUCAAACCACCCUACUGUCACUAAAAGCUCAAAAGGCCUAUCGAGCAGCUUCAAACAUCGCCAAUGUACUUGGUAUGACCUCGCUCCGUUUAAGAGCCAAUAUCAAAUUACUCGAAAAUUUUUACGACCUUUGGGUAGAUUCUGACUGUCCUUCAUCAGAAGCGGAAGAUCUUUUAGAUACAUAUCGUAUCAUCGAGGAACUGGCGCAAAUGAGUCGGAAGGAGAAUUAUCCCAUUAAUGAUCAUCCUAUAAAUUCACAAAUAGCAAAAUCCCAAUCAAGUCAAUCUCUUCGAAGGAUCAUCCCGCAUUUGUUAUUAUCCCUCGAACGACCAGAAGAAGCUUGGAUCUGGAUACAAACUUCAAAAGCCAAAUUCAUCUCUGAACAAUUAAGAUUGGAUCAAAGGAUCCCAGAGAGAAUACAACGAGAGUUGAAAUCUGAUGAAGAGGCUGCAAAGUUGUUAUGUGAAGAAAUGGAACUGUUGAGAAAGAUAAAAGAUGCUCCGGGGUAUUCAGCACCUUAUAUGUUACAUCAACAAUUGGAGAUAUUGAGGGAAGAGAAGAUGAGAGGGAAUUCGGUUUUGAGAGAAUGGAUGGAUAUGAGAGAAGGUAGGUGCGAAGGGCUGGAUAAAUUUCUCACAAGAGUUUCUUCUGGUGGGGACUUUUCACCUCCUCGACAUAACCUCAAUCCGGACAGGAUAAGUUUCGUACAUUCACCUUCGGAUACAAAAUGGUUCGAAACACAAGAGAGAAUGAAAAGUAAAAUGGGAAAGCAAGGGACCGUCGAAAGUGAGGAAAAAGAAAGGACAGUCGUGGCCCUGAUCGAUUACUCUUUCAUCGGUACUAACCUAUACAUCUUCAUCUCACGCGAUUCUCAACUCACAUACGAACCAAUUCCUAUCCCUCCUCCUCAUCUACCUGCUCCAUUUACAACACCUCCACUGGGACCAUCCAUGCAUCAUACUACCCUCAAGCGGCAAUUCAAAAUCUCAUCAUUCGAUAUGCUCCUCGAAACAAUCUCCGACCCAUCCUCUUUCGACGUAGAAGAAGAUUUCUGUCCACUACGUAACUUUGAUUUCCUCGUUGAACCAUUGGAAGGAUUCACGAAACCCGAUGAUCUAUUAGUGUUUUGUCCUGCUGAAGAAAUGAGAGGUAUCCCAUUACACGCUUUGAGAUUGCGGGAGGGUCUGAUGAUAGAGAGAAAUCCAUGUGUUUACACUUCUGACUUUAUGGGUUUUGCAAGGUGUUUAGAAAGGGCCAAAAGUCGAGUUUCCCCUUCGACAAGUUCAGGAGGAAGUUCUUCAAGAUUGUCUUCUUUUCAUACACCUUCAUUCCAUUCUUCUCUCACAGAAGUCAUACCUUUGUCAGAUCAAGAACCGUCGUCUACUCUUGUGACACCUCGUAUGAUGAUCACCAACCUGUCUCCCGUCUCGAUCCCUCGUUUAGCCCAUGAUGAAGAAGUGGUGGAAAAUUCCAGAGGAAAAAUUCCCGAAAGACCAAAAUUAAGAGUAGUGACAAGUUCUUUCUCUCCCAUGAAUACAUAUCCGAAUCAAAUACCCCAAGAUGAUCCAACUCGUUCUUCAUACCAAAACGUCAAGUCAAUCAAUCAUCUCUUUGAAGAGAAUCAAGUUGAUAAAUACAGACACGAGUCUUAUCAACCAGUCAGGGAGAAGAAGUUCCAUCCGGAGAAAGGAAAGGUUAUUGGGAAACAACAUGAGGAGAAAAGCGAAAGCAAAUAUGAAAGAUACGUUCCGUCGAAGUGGGUUGAUCUUGAUCUUCAAGAAGAUGAUAUGAGAAAUCAUGGUAUAACAGACUUAGCCCAGGGGAUAAAUGCAGGUCUUUUAUUCGGUGAAGAAGUUACUAAAGAAAGUAUGAUGAACGUUUUGAAAGAUAGUCGUGUGGUCUUGUUUUUGGGGGAGUUUGAUGAACAUGAGGAAGAGGAGUGUUUGAGGUUAUUCGAUUGUGAGUGA